GAUCCCUCCCUCUGUCCUCGGGCUGGAGAAGUCUCCUCCUCACCCUUACCCUCCUGCCUGCUCUCCCUCCCACGGAAACCGAGGGGAAAGUGCUCGAUGGUAAUCUGAACCCAACAAAAUGAGGCUGCGAGGCUUUCUGCUCACUGUGCUGCUCCCGGCUGUCUUCCUGGGGGGGGAACUGUGGGCUCAGAGCCCAGAACUCACCACUCGGGUCGCCAAUGGAGAAGACUGCCCUGUGGACCUGUUUUUUGUCCUGGACACCUCAGAGAGUGUUGCUUUGAGGGUGAAGCCUUUUGGAGACCUGGUUACCCAAGUAAAAGAUUUCACCAACCGGUUCAUUGAUAAGCUGACGAGCAGGUACUACCGCUGUGACCGCAACCUGGUGUGGAAUACUGGGGCCCUGCACUACAGUGAUGAGGUUGUGCUCAUCAAGAGCCUCACCUCCAUGCCCAGCGGCCGGGAUGAGCUGAAGAACCUUGUGUCAUCUGUGAACUACAUUGGGAAAGGCACCUACACUGACUGUGCCAUAAAACGGGGUAUUGAGGAGCUGCUCAUCAGUGGCUCCCAUCACAAGGAGAAUAAAUACCUGAUUGUGGUGACCGAUGGCCAUCCCUUGGAAGGAUACAAGGAGCCUUGCGGAGGCCUGGAUGAUGCUGCCAAUGAAGCCAAACAUUUGGGGAUCAAAGUGUUCUCCGUUGCCAUCUCCCCCAACCACCUGGACCAGCGUCUCAACAUCAUUGCCACGGACCAUGCCUACCGCCGCAACUUCACUGCCACCAGCCUGAAGCCAACCCGAGAGCUUGAUGUGGAGGAAACCAUCAACACCAUCAUUGACAUGAUCAAAGCUAAUACAGAGCAAUUGUGCUGCACCUUUGAGUGCCAGCCUCCCAGAGGACCCCCUGGACCUCCUGGCGACCCGGGCAAUGAGGGAGAAAGAGGCAAACCAGGUCUUCCUGGCCAGAAAGGAGAUGCUGGAGACCCAGGCAGGCCAGGAGACAUGGGACCCGUUGGCUACCAAGGAAUGAAGGGUGACAAAGGAACUCGAGGAGAAAAGGGCUCGAGAGGAGCCAAAGGAGCCAAGGGUGACAAGGGCAGGCGUGGCAUCGAUGGCAUUGAUGGCAUGAAGGGUGAAGCUGGAUACCCCGGGUUACCUGGCUGCAAAGGCUCACCCGGAUUUGAUGGAGUUCAGGGUCCACCAGGACCAAAGGGAGAUGCUGGUGCUUAUGGACCCAAGGGAAGAAAGGGGGAGCCUGGGAAUGAUGGAAAACCUGGUCGGCAGGGAAUUCCUGGCAGCCCUGGAGAGAAGGGUGCACCUGGAAACCAGGGUGAACCUGGACCAGCAGGAGAGACAGGCGACGAGGGUGCUCCGGGUGCAGAUGGUCCUCCUGGAGAACGGGGCAGCAAUGGAGAAAGAGGCCCCCCAGGCUCGCCAGGAGACCGUGGGCCAAGAGGAGAGCCGGGAGAGCCUGGACCAUCUGGUGACCAAGGACGGGAAGGACCCCUUGGACCACCUGGUGACCAGGGUGAGCCUGGACCCCCAGGACCCAAGGGCUACAGGGGAGAUGACGGCCCCCGCGGCAAUGAGGGUCCAAAAGGAUUGCCUGGAGCACCUGGACUUCCUGGAGAUCCUGGCCUGAUGGGAGAAAGAGGGGAGGAUGGACCUCCUGGGAAUGGCACAACGGGGUUUCCAGGUGCUCCGGGGCGGCAAGGUGACAGAGGUGACCCUGGCAUUAAUGGAACAAAAGGCCAUGUUGGUCCUAAGGGUGAUGAAGGAGAAGCUGGAGACCCUGGCAAUGAUAACCUAACCCCUGGGCCCCCGGGCAUUAAAGGAGCAAAAGGCCACAGGGGACCUGAAGGACGUCCGGGACCACCAGGAUCUGUGGGGCCACCAGGACCAGAUGAAUGUGAAAUCUUGGACAUCAUCAUGAAGAUGUGCUCUUGCUGUGAGUGCACCUGUGGUCCUGUCGACCUCCUCUUUGUGUUGGACAGCUCGGAGAGCAUUGGCCUGCAGAACUUCCAGAUUGCCAAGGACUUCAUCAUCAAGGUUAUCGACCGCCUGAGCAAGGAUGAGAGGGUGAAGUUUGAAGCCGGGGAGUCCCGUGUGGGAGUUGUGCAGUACAGCCACGACAAUACGCAGGAGCUGGUGGCCAUGGGUGAUGCCAACAUAGACAACAUCGGGGCACUCAAACAGGCAGUCAAGAACCUGAAAUGGAUAGCUGGGGGCACCUACACUGGAGAAGCCCUGCAGUUCACCAGGGAAAACCUUCUGCGGAGAUUCACCUCGGACAAGCGGGUCGCCAUUGUCAUCACGGAUGGACGCUCGGACACGCUGCGGGACCCUACCCCCCUCAACUCUCUGUGUGAUGUCACCCCGGUGGUUUCUCUUGGGAUAGGUGACAUUUUCCGGAACCCUCCAAAUCCAGAUCACCUGAAUGACAUUGCUUGUUUAAGCAGACCACAAAGGCCAGGACUGUCCAUUCAAAGGGACAACUACGCUGAGCUCCUAGAUGAUACUUUCUUGCAGAACAUCACCUCAUAUGUCUGCCAAGAGAAGAAAUGUCCAGACUACACCUGCCCAAUCACCUUCACUGAGCUGGCAGACAUCACGCUGAUGGUGGACAGCUCUACCAGUGUGGGGAGCAAGAACUUCGAGACCACCAAAAAAUUUGUGAAACGCCUGGCAGAGCGGUUCCUGGAGGCCGGCAAGCCUGCCGAUGACUCCGUGCGCGUCUCCGUGGUCCAGUACAGCGGCAAGAACCAGCAGAAAGUGGAAGCCCAGUUCCAGUACAACUACACAAUUGUUGCCAAAGCCAUUGACAACAUGGAGUUCAUUAAUGAUGCCACAGACGUCAACGCCGCACUGCGGUUUGUCACCGGGCUAUACCAGCGCUCCUCACGUGGUGGGGCAAAGAAGAGGGUGCUGCUGUUUUCUGAUGGCAACUCCCAAGGGAUCACUGUCAGGGCCAUUGAGAGGGCUGUGCAGGAAGCUCAGCAGGCUGGCAUCGAGAUCUAUGUGUUGGCAGUGGGCAGCCAAGCCAACGAGCCCAACAUCCGUGUCUUGGUCACAGGGAAGAGUGCGGAUUACGACGUGGCCUACGGGGAGCGUCACCUCUUCCGUGUGCCUGACUACACCUCCCUGCUGCGUGGUGUCUUCUACCAAACUGUCUCCAGGAAGAUAGCUGUUGACUGAGCGCGUGGGUGGCUCCCUGCCAAGGCCAUGCCUGCUUCUGUCUAACAAUGAAACCCAAUGAAACAAACAAACAAAGUAACAGUAUUCUUGACCGACCUGAAGAAUUUGUGUCUGUGGAGCUAGCCAUACCGUCACAGCCUGGCUGUGCAUAGUCUCCUCUCUUCUACCCGUGCUUCAUCCGCAUCUCUAUUAGCCUCAGCCUUCCCUCCCUGCCCGUGACUGCCUCUCUCUCUCCCCAAGGCAGACAAACACAAGCACACCUAACAAUAAGCUGUCAGAACACCAAUAGCAACCUCAUCCCCCUGUUUUUUUGCCAAAAAAGAAUCAGGAUGAGGAAUUUUGUACCACUAAGAACUAGCCUAGUCUCAUGAGGCUGGUUAUGCUCUUCUCAGAUACAGGUUUUUUUGUCAUUUGCUUCUUUCUUUCGUAUACCAGCUCACAAUGGUCCUAACCCAAUGCUGUGCUUCAAGUGAGAAGUUCAGCACUUCAGCAAGCUUUGAGAGUGGAUCAUUGUGACUGGCAAGUUUAGUUCAUAUCUCCCAUACUUUGGGGGUGGGGGGUGGAUUGUAUUGCCCAAGCCAGGUGGAAGCAUCUCUGACCUCUGGUGCCAUGGGAUGGGGCACUGAAUUCCCAGGGCUGGGUUGGAGGGGGGUGGUGGAGCAUUCCUCAGCAUUCAAGGUGGGGAGGCUGGGUACCGACAGAAUUAAGAUGUGCAGCAGCCACUGGGGAGAGGGGAAAACUGUAGAAGAAGCUACAUAACUGCACUCCUUCACUAACUGAUCUCAUGGUCCUACAGUGAAACCAGGAACCUCAUGAAUAGCCUGAUGACUUGUGUCCAGGCUUCAUUCUGGAAUAUCUCUCUGAGCCCAGUUAGUGGGAUUAUUUUUUUAUUAUAUUAUUUUUUUUCCCAAAGUGCCAAGUUGUCUAAUUCCCAGUGAGCUCUGUAGGGGAACUGUUUCUAUAGGACCAUCUAGGAGUUAGGAACCUGGGCCCUAGUGAAACCCACUAACUGCAUUAUAUACUGAAUUAGGGUCUCAUCCACAGCCCAGCCAAGUCAAGGAAAAAGCUGCCAUUAUCUGCCAGGAGCUUUGACUCACAUGGAUAUAUUAACAAAGGUGCUAUCACUACGUGGGUGAUCUGGGUCCUUGGUGUUUACACAGUUGCUUCCAGGACCACUCUGAAGAUGUGGUUUGGCUGGGUGAAAUGUUUCAGUGCUUCCAUUGGUGCUCUUGCUAUGAAUUCAUGCGCUUCUGAGAAAGCAACAGUGAUUGCCAGGUAUCGACAUCCCAGACUCUUUACUUUUCUCCAAAAACCCAUUGUACAAGUUAGUUUUAUGCCUGUGUUUUACUAAAAUUGUCUACUUUGGAAAUAUGUCAAAUAAAUUGUUUUCCACUAUCUUGUUGGAA